UCCAACCGGUAUUCCAUAAUUUCGUCACCGCUGUUUAAUGUAAAGUAAAUACUAUCAAAUACCAACUGUACAAACUACAAACUAAUAUUUUAUGUCCAUCCACUCUGUUAUAAAAUUUAAAAUUAUUUACAAACACAGAGCACUUAUGUUUAUUUUUGGUAAUAAAUAAUUAUUAUUGUACAUUGUAGUUGUACCCAAGUGGUCAAGAGUGCUAACUUUAAUUUCACAAUGGAUAACGAAAAAACGUUUGACAAAUUACCUGUUGAAAUGAUAUCUCACAUAUUUGAAUUUUUAGAAUUUAAAGACAAAAAAGUUGCAUCAAGUGUUUGUUGGUCGUGGUAUGAUGCGUCUAUUCAGCCAAGGUUUUUAAAAAAUGAAGUUAUAUGUCUAAAAGACAUGAAUAAUGACAAAAUUCAUGAUGUGCUCAAAAUAUACACCAAAAGCUUGCUCCCUUUUUUUGCGUUUAGGAUAUGUGGUCUUGGAGUAAAAAUUCAAGAUGUAGAAGAAGAUGAUGCAGCAAGUUCAAUAAAUAAAAAUCAUUGGAAUUGGGUGUACACUGUAUGGCCAUUGUUAGCCGCCAAAGUCAUUUACCUAGAAUUUUUUGACACAGUAGAAUUUAAUGACGACAUAUUACCUGCGUUAUUAAAUGUAACUCAACAAUUGAAAGUAUUGAAAAUUCAUAAUCUUCAGUACAGUUCUAAAAAAGAACUUUAUAAAGUAAACAGACUUCAAUCACUUGAAGAACUAGUGUUAGAUAAUCUUCAAACACACAAUAUCGAUAAAAAUAAAUUACUGGGAAUAAUACCGGAACAACUUCGUAAGCUUUGUCUGAAGUCUAUGUGGAGCAGUAAGUUUAUUAUUGAAGAUUUAACCAAUAUACUUAAAUUUUGUUCAUCUCACCUUGAAAGCCUUGAGCUUAUUGAUGUAGAUGUGACACCUGAGUUGAUGGAAUCAAUCGUGAGCCUUAAUAUGAAGCUGAAAAAGUUUAGCUUAUUCCUGGCGGAUUCUAUGCAUUAUGACCAUGAACCAGAAAUAAUAUUACCACUAUUUAAAACACAAUGGCCAUUAGUUGAUUUGACAUUAUGUGCUGAAUGCUUAACUUAUGAACAUUUAUACGUUAUUACCAGUACUUUCAAAGACCUAGAAAAAUUAUCAGUAUCUGGAAGAUCUGGAACGUCAUUUGAAGUCAUGGUUGGGAUUAGUGGAUCAUCGUUUGAUUCAUUAACAAAAUUAACAGAUUCAAUUGAUUCACUAACAAAAUUAAAAUCUCUUUAUAUCGGAGUUGAGAGAUAAAAAGAAAGAUGCUUAUGGAACAUUUUAAUAGAACAAAUGUUGAAUUUGAGAAUCAAUGAUCACUAUACUCUGUCCAGCAAGAGGACAUGCCACGAUCCAACGUUCUGCACAUUCUACAAGACACUACCAUAGUGGAACCAGUCUUUCCAUAUGAGGAUGUGCAAAUUAAAUUUUGAUUUGACUGUACCUAUUGUUUUUUUGCUGAGCAAUUUAGUUUCUUUAGAUCUUAUCUAAUUAAGACUGAUCUGAAUAAAACUAUAUUUUAUAAUAAUUAUAAAUUAUAAAUAAAUUAAUAAACUAUUUAUCUUGCAUCUAGA